AUGUCGAAGCUCAGACGUGGCCCUGUUGUACUUGAGCAAAAGCACAGCAAGCGGGCAACGCAGCUAUGGAAGGUGGCACGCCAGGUGUGUGUGCUGUCACAGGUGUGCCGCAUCUUCCGCAGCAGCAAUAGUGCCUUGCUCACGUACGAGGCGGUGGAUGCGUCGUGUGCGGGAAAGCCAUCCGCCUACAAAAUAAACAAGGUACACACUGAUCUCUACGGGGAGGUAUACGGAUUCUCCUGUACCUUGUUUUUUUUUAACUCGCUGAAGCUUUUUUUUCGUCGUUCUGGAUUGCUUCGUAUUUGUCUCGUAUUUCAGUUCACACUCCCAGAGAAGGCGGUACGCGCGGCCCUUAAGCCACCCAGCGAGCGCUCGGACACGGAAGUUAUCUUCUUGCGAGGGCUUCUGCGUGGCCUGAGCAGCUUCCGCCGAUACACUGCGCACCUGCAGCUCAUGCUGGCCGGUGUCGUUCGCUACGAAAAGUUUGGAAGGCGGCGCGUGAUCGUCAAAAAGGGCCACUACGGGCGGCGCUUUUACUUCGUGUUUUCGGGGCUCGUGGCCGUGACCAAAGACAACGAUGGCAGCAGCGCGUUCAUCGACCCCGAGCCAAUUCUUCUGCGCAAGGGGGCUGGCUUUGGGGAGAUCGCCCUUCUGAAGGACCUGAGCAGGAACGCCACCAUCGUGUGCAUGGAGGAGACCGAGCUGCUGGUCGUCGAUAAGGAAGAUUUCUUCGCGUAUAAGUUGGACCAGGAGCUCAGAAAGGAGUUUCAGUAUCGGUACAAUUAUUUUAGAUCGUUGGAGCUCUUCUCCACGUGGUCGGACGAAUCACUGGAAACGAUGGCCGACCACUGCAAGAUCGAGGAGUUCAACCAUGGACAAGUGGUGACUGGCGACACCAGCGAAACAAAGAACAUCAUCUUUGUAAUCAAGGGCUGCUGCGAUGUCUUGCGUUUAGUUGACCUGAGUGGAUGUCCCAGCUACCACGACUGGCUACAGCAACAGGUCAAAAUACAGGAGAAGAAGAUCGCUGAUAUCUAUAUGGAUCCCAGGUCAAUGCUGAGGGAUGGAAACCGAAUGGAGCAUAAGGAGCCUGGUUCUGGAGAUGAAGAUGAACCCAGAAGGUUGUCUCUAAAGAGUGUUGGCUAUGGUCCCAGCAGCCCCCAGCCGCCCGCUACAUUAUUGGAUGACUACAAAGCAGCUGUUUACAUCAGAGUGGAUGCAAUUCGGCCUGGGCAGUACUUUAAAGGCGUCAACAUGAACGUACUUGAAGGCAUCCUGGAGAAAGACGGAAAGCUCGUGAAAGAGACGGGCUUGAAGCAGUUCCUCGUUCCGGAGUUCCACAGAGACGGCCGGCCGAUGGUGAUCACCAGCCAGGGGGCAAAAGUCCUGCGUGUUAGGCUGGACAAGUUCGGCGAGCUCAUGAACGACGCCACCUUAAAGGAGUUAAAAAAGCAAAGCGAACCAUACCCCAAGGAUGAUGCUCUUUGUCAGAUAUUCUUAGAGCAGAAUCAAUGGAAGCUUUACAAGCGUGAGCUUGCGUUGGCAGCUGCCAAGGGAGGUAAAAGUGACUGGAGGUUGAGGGCCAGCAAGCAAGAGGAUGCUCGUCACAAAGAUCUGUAUUCCGAGUGGGAUGCAGAGAGUGCUGGAAUAAUGGAGCUUGGCUCGCCACUCGGCAGUGGAAAGAGAGUGUGGAUGGCUCGGUCCACUGCCGGCGACAUCCUGUCCGCUCAGGCUGGGGGCAGAAGAGAAAUUCGACUGGAAACAGCUGAAGAGGUUCCAGAUGCCGGGCCAAAACGACACGGUCCCAGGCUCAUUCACAGCAUACUCGUCAAAGGCCCCAACUAUAGAUAGAGUAUACUACUGUUAAUAUAUGAAUCUUACAUGAAUGUACUGCUCACCAAGUAUUGCCAUAUGGACAACUAUACAGCAACGGUAUUACAGCAAGGGUCACGGGAUCCUGAUAAUUACAUUUACAUGUUUCAGAGUUGUAUCUUCUGUAUCUAACACCGACAUUGUUCUUGUGAUUUACUUAGUGGAAUUGGCCAUUUAUGAAAUUCUUCAUCGGUAUUGGUCAAUCCACUGCUAGAUAAAUGCCUCCCCAAAAUGCCACUCACUAAAGACCCUGCAAUGCAAUAAUCCAUCAAGCACGUGGCCACUAUAAAUUAACUGUUUCGUUACAUCUUCUUUCGUGUAUUAUGGUCUUCAUUUACAUGUAUGACUCUACAUUCAUUUGGCGUUGCUAUAGUUUUAGUGAACUACAUACUAGUUAAUAUACAACUAAAAAUACACAGAUCAUUAACCAGUUACUGAAGGACCAUUUGGGAUUCCACAUCAACAACGUUGUAUACUGUAACACAUUCAACCCAUAAAAGACUAACUUUUUUUAAUUGUACAUUUUAUUUCACAAGAAUUCAAGAAUCGCAUGAUACCACAUUUCCAUUUACCAAGUUAUAGAGAAUACACUUCAAUCAAUUCGGAAUGCACUUUAAUUUAUGUGAAUACAUUUUUUUAAGAAGAGAGUGCUUGUUGCCACAUACAUUAUUUAGAUAAUUUGAACUUGCAACUCAACUCUAAACAGUUACAAAUCUGCUGAAACUACACAGGAUGUUCAGUCAUUAUUUUUGCUUUCUCUGGCAUAUGUACGUUUUAUUGUGCUCGUGUCCAAAAUCAGUAUUUAUGGUUUUCUAAACAUUGAUUUGUGAGUUAUUAAACAUGAAUUUAAGUCUAAAAGAUGUAUGUCAUAUGUAAAUGUCAAGGAUGUAAAAACUAUAAUUGCACGUUGUUUCAGUGUAUUUUUUUGAAUAUUACACCACGUAAUAACAACAAUCUCAUUUUGGUGCAAACUGCUGGACAGCAAUAAUAGUAUUAGUUUUAAAAUAACGUAUUGAAAAAAAAUGUAAUUAUAGUGUUUAGCAAUGAACAUUCCUUAAACUACUAAAAUAUAGCAAUUCAAGAUUAGUUGAUGAAUUUUAUUUCAAAAUAAAUGAUAACACCAUUAGCAUAAACAACCAAGAAACUACACAAGUGGCAACUGCAGCCUACUUCAAUUGUAUCUUACGGCAUAGAUGAGUUGAUACUGACUAUGCAUAGUGUGGCACUGGUUGGAUUGUUCCUGUCGGAUAACUGAUGUAGAGUUAUGAAAGCAGUGAUGUCUUCAGAGAAGGGAGGCAGUGCUCAUUCAUGGGCCAGCAGGAAGCUGAAGUCUGUGCCAACAUCGUGCUCUGUGGGUUCCUUCGAUCU